CGGACACUAAAAGAAAAAUGACAUAGAAAGAUCGCUCUUUCUCUUCUCAUUACUUUGCUUUCAUCCUUCCCUUUCCUUCUCGUCUCUUCGUUUUCUUUACUCUCUUUCAUCAUGUUCCCAGGACAGCUCUACAAAACCGAGUCAGGGCGGCUGUUUCAUGCAGGCGCAAUGGCCAUUAUUUUCGUUGGACUGCCAGCGCGUGGCAAGACUCAUAUGUCCCGUUCGCUCAGUCGGUACUUGCGCUGGCUUGGAGUACAGACUAAAGUCUUCAGUCUUGGUAAUUACCAUCGUCAGAUCAUCAGUGUUGAAACGAAGAAUGACUCUAACAGCUCAGACAAUACAGCUACCGCCGAUCUGAAAACGAAGAUCGCCGAUGCAUGUCUAGACGACAUGAUCUCUUGGCUUGCCAGCGGUGGUCAAGUUGGUAUUCUAGAUGGUCACAAUACGACAGAGGAAAGACGGCAGGAAUUAGUUAGCCGAUUCAAGGCUGUCGACGUCCAUUGCUUGUUUAUCGAGUCUAUCUGUGAUAAUCCCCAGAUCAUCGAUGCCAAUAUCCGUAGCGUCAAAGUGUCAUCCCCUGAUUAUGCGGGCUGGACAGAGGCAGAUGCAGUCAACGACUUUAAGCGGAAGAUUGAAGAACGAGCUCCAUUCUACACAACAAUUUCGGAUUUGAAUUUAAGCUUCGUCAAAAUGAUCAACGUUGGUGAAAAGAUGAUUAUUAACAACGUCCAUGGGUUCCUGCAAAGCAAGAUUGUUUAUUACUUGACACACCUUCAUAUCAGUCCAAGAAAAAUAUAUUUUGCUAGGAAUGGUGUCUCACUGAAUGAGCAGUCGUACAAAGCCGAUGCUCCGCUUUCGCCCGCAGGACAUCGAUACGCAGAAAACCUCAAGAACUUCCUCUUGAAACUUCGUGAGACACAGGCUGCAGCUCUUCCAGUUGAUUCGAUAGAAGCAAUAAAACCACUGACCGUAUGGACCUCAUCUCGCAAAAGGAGUUUCCAGACUGCUGCUCAUUUUCUGGAUCACGAGGAGAUUGUUGUCCGACAACGCAGUAUCCUUUCGGAACGGAAUCCCGGUAUUUGCGAUCAAAUGACGCCUGAAGAGAUUGAACAAAAGUACCCACAGGAGUGUCUACGAGCUAAGAAUGAUCCUUACCGACACCGAUUCCCACGUGCCGAGUCAUAUUAUGAUCUGGCGAAUAGAUUAGAGAAGGUGCUUCUGGAACUAGAGCGGGAAAAGAAUGAUGUUUUGAUUAUUGCACAUGAAUCAGUCAUCAGGUGUCUUUACGGCUAUCUCUUUGGUUUAUCGGAACAAGAUAUUCCAUCUCUUGAGAUUCCAGAGGAUACAUUGUUGGAGUUAGUUCCGACCGCUUACACAGUUGAGGAAACACGCUAUGUAAUUCCAGAUUCAUUAACAGGCGUCGAUUGGCAGCUUCAGGUGGAUACAUUCUUGAGACUUGCUGGAAAAGUACCAGCCUCUCCAGAUUUCAUUGAUCACUAUCUUCCGGAGGAUAAAUCGAGUAUAAAUCGGCAGGAUGGCGGCAACACAAACAUGUCAAGCCCAUCUAGGCCAAAUGAGAAUUCAGUUAAUGACGAAUUUAAUCAGGGAUCAGAGUCAACUUUCCGGCUAUGA